UAAGUGCAACUCUCAGAAAUCUCCAACUCAUAAGGUCUCACCCUGAAGAGUAUCCUGCUUCCUCCUGCCAUGGGAUUGUUCAAUGUCACUCACCCUGCUUCCUUCCUGCUGACCGGUAUCCCUGGUCUGGAGAACUCUCACCCCUGGCUAGCAGGGCCCCUCUGUGUGAUGUACGCUGUGGCCCUUGGGGGCAACUCAGUGGUCCUGCAGGCUGUGAGAGUGGAGCCCAGCCUCCACAAGCCCAUGUACUACCUUCUGUCCAUGCUGUCCUUCAGUGAUGUGGCUAUGUCCAUGGCCACCCUGCCCACUGUGCUCAGAACCUUCUGCCUCAAUGCCCGCAACAUUGCUUUUGAUGCCUGCCUAAUCCAGAUGUUUCUCAUUCAUUCCUUCUCCAUGAUGGAGUCGGGUAUUCUCCUGGCCAUGAGCUUUGACCGCUAUGUGGCCAUUUGUGACCCCUUGCAUUAUGCCACGGUGCUCACCAAUGGAGUCAUUACUGGAAUGGGUGUAGCUGUGACUGCGAGGAGCUUCAUCACCCUCUUUCCUCUUCCCUUCCUCAUCAUGAGGCUGCCCAUCUGCAGAUCCAAUGUUCUUUCCCACUCCUACUGCCUGCACCCAGACAUGAUGAAGCUGGCCUGCGCUGAUAUCACUAUCAACAGCAUCUAUGGACUCUUUGUUCUUGUAUCCACCUUUGGCAUGGAUCUGUUUUCCAUCUUCCUCUCUUAUGUGCUCAUUCUGCGCUCUGUUAUGGCCAUUGCUUCCCAUGAGGAACGCCUCAAAGCCCUCAACACCUGUGUGUCGCAUAUUCUGGCUGUACUUGCAUUUUAUGUGCCAAUGAUUGGGGUCUCCGCAGUGCACCGCUUUGGGAAGCACGUUCCUCGCUACGUGCAUGUCCUCAUGUCCAAUGUCUACCUUUUUGUACCUCCUCUGCUCAACCCUCUCAUUUACAGCGCCAAAACGAGGGAGAUCCGCCAAGCCAUCGUCCGCAUGUUUCGCCGCAUCAAAAUGUGACUUUCAUGUUUGGCUCUAAAAUCCGAUAUUUAUUGUAACUGUAGGCU